AUGAUUUCCGUGAACACACUUUGCUCAUUUAUUGCAACCCAGUCUGAAGAUAGAGUCAUGUUCAGGAAAGCUGGUGCCUCAGUUCACUCAGAUUCUAGUACAUCUCCUCGACUACCUGGAGAAGAGGAGAUCAAGGAGGAGGAGGAGGAGGAGGAGGAAGAUGAGGGUAGAGUAGAUGUUGUUGGGCUAGAUCCUAUAGAACCUUCAGAUACAGGUGUCGGAGAGAAGCUAAAAGAGGAGAGAGAACUUGUCCAAACCAAACCAACCAAAUUUAGACCUUUCGAUGUCAGUUCUUUGAUCGGAGAACAGGGCGUGAAGAGAGAAGUCUGCUCUAGUCCUGUUAAACCAUCUAGUCCUGAUAUGAACUCAGCUCCAACCCUGAACUCAUAUCUAGGCUUCUACCAACACCUUCUCAGCUCAGGAUCUCACAGCUUCAGUCAGAACUUUACUCCGGGUAUAGGGUUUAAUAUCAAUCCUCUUCUAUUUAACAGUUUAGCUCUAGCGUCUCAAAAUCCGUUCCUAGCUUACUCUACCCUGGGUUCCCUGAGCCAGCUACCACUGGGGGAGAGAUUAAAACAAAAUAGAUUUAGUCCUUACAACCCUUUUCCUCUUCCUCGUCCUUUCUCGGGAGAGUUAAAGUCUGCUUCUCAAUCCGUUCUACCCAAACCAUCUCAUUCAUCCAGUAUGCAUAGUCCGGCCACACCUCUUAGUUCUAGUCCGGCCAGCCUCGCCUCAUUCUCCCCACCCCCGUCCACCGAUAUAAAGAAUAUAGAGAAGAUGGUUAAAGAUCUAAGUGGAGAGAGCAGGACUUACGGGAUAUCACACUAGAUAUCCUGUAUCCUGUAUCCUUUAUCAUGUAUCCUGUAUCCUUUAUCCUAUAUCAUGUAUUCUGUAUCCUGUA